ACAGGAAGAAAAAGUGGGUAAAAAAUGCCAACAAUCAUCAACUACUCAUUUAAAGGUCUCAACUAUGUCUUGCUACUUCGCCCCUCGGCUUUUAAUGGCCAUCGCUUCUAUUAUUUUAAUCCUUUUCUCAGACCCCCUUUCAUCAACGCUUCCUUCUCUUCCUCGUCCCCCUCUCAAUCAUUGGAAUCAGAACUGGGUUCAUUCAUGGAGGUGAUCAAAGCUGCUUGGAGGCCAUCUGUUGCAGAUAGAAUAGCAAUUCGAGCUGAUCAAAAGAGCUAUACUUACACGCAGCUCCUUUCCUCUGCAUGCAACAUAUCUAGACUGUUAUCCAGCACCAACAUCGAAAUUAAUAAUAAAGGCGCUAGUGGACAUGGAAAGCUUGGUGGAGCUAGAGUUGGUAUUGUUGCUAAACCUUCUGCUGAGUUCGUGGCUGGAGUGCUGGGUACUUGGCUUGGUGGAGGUGUUGUUGUUCCACUAGCUCUCAGCCAUCCUGAGGCUGAGCUCAUGCAUGUUAUGAAUGAUUCGGAUAUAUCGGUUGUAUUGAGUACUGAAGACUACAGUGAAUCUAUGCAAAGUGUUGCCACUAGAUGUGCAGCACCGUACUCUCUUAUUCCUCCUGUUUCCAGCACUUCCUCGUCCUCAAAUACGACUGAUGAAUCACAAAUUGGAGAGAUGGAUGAAAAUCCGGCAUUGAUAGUCUAUACCAGUGGUACAACAGGUAAACCUAAAGGGGUAGUUCAUACCCACAAGAGCAUCUCUGCGCAGGUGAAAAUGCUGGCUGAUGCCUGGGAGUAUACAUCUACUGAUCAGUUUCUGCAUUGUCUACCACUACAUCAUGUUCAUGGGCUUUUUAAUGCUCUACUUGCCCCUCUGUAUGCUGGCGCAUCAGUUGAAUUUAUGCCAAAGUUUAGUGUAAGGAGUAUUUGGCAAAGAUGGCGUGAAUCAUACCCGAUAAAUGGGAAUAAGGCUGAUGAUGCCAUUACUGUUUUUACAGGGGUUCCAACAAUGUAUACCAGAUUGAUACAAGGUUAUCAUGCAAUGGAUCCAGAGCAACAAGCUGCAUCUGCCUCUGCUGCACGACAGCUGCGUCUUAUGAUGUGUGGCUCUUCUGCACUUCCUCAGCCUGUCAUGCACGAAUGGGAAACCAUCACUGGACAUUACCUUUUAGAACGAUAUGGAAUGACUGAGUUUGUCAUGGCAAUUUCAAAUCCAUUAAGGGGUGCUCGGAAGGCAGGCACGGUUGGCAAGCCAUUUCCUGGUGUGCAGGUCAGGAUUGCUGAAGAUAAAAGCGGGGGUGGUACAACGGGUGAGGGUGAGCUUUGUGUUAAAAGUCCUUCAUUGUUUAAGGAAUACUGGAAACUUCCUCAGGUAACCAAGGAAUCGUUUACGGAUGAUGGGUUCUUCAAGACUGGGGAUGCUUGUAGAGUGGAUGAAGAUGGAUACUAUGUCAUUUUGGGACGUACAAGUGCUGAUAUAAUGAAGGUUGGUGGAUACAAAUUGUCUGCCUUGGAAAUUGAAUCAGUACUUCUACAGCACCCUGAUAUAGCAGAAUGCUGUGUGUUUGGCUUACCGGACAAGUUUUAUGGAGAAGCUGUAUCUGCAAUAGUGGUGCUGGAGUCCGAACGAAAAAGGAAACUAGAAGAGUCGAACUCUGCUUUCAGUUUGGAGGAUCUUUGCAACUGGGCUAAAGAUAAACUUGCUCCAUACAAGCUUCCAACACGAUUAAUGUUGUGGGAUUCUCUUCCUCGUAAUGCGAUGGGAAAAGUGAAUAAGAAAGAGCUGAAGAGACAGUUGGGUGAUGAAAAGUAAGCAAUCUUUAUUCUGAACGCAAUAAUUACAUAUCGAUGAUCGGACUUGAAAUGAUUAAUUUGAGACGCACUGAUUAAUUUUUAUUCGAUCGGUUCAAUUUCUUAAUCGUAUUAUUAUUUGUUCUCCAA